AUGUGGAGGAGAGGCCCUUACACACAGACAGAUGUGGAGGAGAGGCCCUUACACACAGACAGAUGUGGAGGAGAGGCCCUUACACACAGACAGAUGUGGAGGAGAGGCCCUUACACACAGACAGAUGUGGAGGAGAGGCCCUUACACACAGACAGAUGUGGAGGAGAGGCCCUUACACACAGACAGAUGUGGAGGAGAGGCCCUUACACACAGACAGAUGUGAAGGAGAGGCCCUCACAUCUGCAGGGUGUGUCCAGUCCAGGCUCAGAACCCCUGGAGACAGCCCAAGUGAAGAGCGUGAAGGGUGUGGGAGGAAGGGAGUGCGGAAAGUAA